GGAGACGGCGAUGUACCAGAAAAUGCGGACGGAGCCGCGGGCGACGCGGGCGGAGCUCGACGACUACGAGCUCGUGCAGUACGAGCGCAUCCGGCGCGUGAUGCUGAAGGUCGGGUGGGUGUUCAAGCCGAGGGAGACGCUGAGGGAGAUUCGGAAGGACAUCGCUGCGAUUGAGGCCGCGGAGGACCAUGCGGCGUUCAUCAACGACCGGCGCAAGCACAUGCUGCGCUGAACGGGGCUGGGUUCUUUCGGGUUUAUGGUUGGCUUGUGGACAUUCGGGAUCGGCUUUGGACAUCUGGGCUUCGUUUCUGGUCUGUCUGGGUCGUGGCUGGUUUGUUC